UUCCGAUUUAUUACUUCGUUCUCCCUCUUUCUCUUUUUCUCUCCUUUGACGUGAAGCGAACAAAGAGGCGAGAGCACCUCUUCUCUCUCGGGGUCUCCGGCUGAGACUAUCCUCUGCGAGUCUCCAUCUCUCCCUCUCCACCUUCUACGCGUUUUCUCAGACAUGUGCAGCAGUCUAAAUGACCAAUACUGAACUGAAGUUAAUCGGAACACUUGAUGGAUGAUGACUGUCCCAAUGGAUAAUGCUUCUGCCAUCACGCCAGCUGAUCUUGCUCAACGCCUUUAUGACAAGAAUGUCGAGUUGGGAAAGAAAUUUAAGAAGUCAGUCAACUCAAAAAUCCCAUCAGACCCUAUUAGAUGGAGACAGAUGCGCCAGAACUAUGAAGCAAUAAUCCUUGCAGAUAGUGAUUUUUCUGAAUCCCAUGAAAUAGAACACUUAUUGUGGCAGUUGCACUAUAGAUGCAUUGAGGAGUUUCGAGCUCGCUUGCGCAGCAGUUCAACUACUGCAACUGCUGUUCAGGCACAAGGAGGAGGUGAAGCUUAUGUUCGACGUGAAUCAAGAAAUGAAAUUCAUUCCUUUUUCAAGAGCUUUCUUACUGAGGCCACUGGCUUUUAUCAUGAUCUUAUUCUCAAGAUCAAGUCAAAACAUGGCUUGCCAUUGGAUCAUUUAUCUGAUGGCAUUGACAAUGAAAUGAAAGAUGAGAAGACAUCCACUGACAAGAAGAAAAGUUUCAUGUCCUGUCACCGAUGCCUUAUAUACUUAGGUGAUCUUGCUCGAUAUACAGAACUUUAUGGAGAAGGAGAAUUAAGUAACCGAAACUAUGCUGUUGCAUCAAGUUAUUACACACAAGCUGCAUCAAUGUGGCCUAGCAGUGGCAACCCUCAUCAUCAGCUUGCUAUAUUGGCUUCGUAUUUGGGAGAAGAUUUGAUGAUAGUAUACAGGUACUUCCGAAGUCUGGCAGUUCAAAGCCCUUGCUCAACAGCAAGAGAUAACCUCAUUAUUUUAUUUGAGAAGAAUCGUCAAAGUUACACUCAGCUUCUCUCAUAUGCCAAGUCGUCUUCAAUCAAGAUGCCCAAUGCUAGAAUUUCUGGGAAAGGAAGAGGUAGAGGGGAAACACGGCUUUUGGCUCGAGAUCAUAAGAAGGAAGUUCUCAAUUACAAGGAAAAAGCAAUUGGGAAUUCAAAUACAUACAAAAACUUCUGCAUCCGGUUUGUGAGACUCAAUGGGAUUCUCUUUACACGUACUAGUCUUGAAACAUUUGCAGAAGUUUUUGCAUCAGUAAUCAAUGAUCUGCACACACUGCUGUCAUCUGGACCUGAAGAAGAACUUAGCUUUGGUGCAGAUAUUGCUGAGAAUGCUCUUGUGAUUGUUCGACUUAUUGCUAUUCUCAUCUUUACUGUUCACAAUGUGAAUAAAGAUAUUGAGGGACAAUCAUACGCAGAAAUCUUGCAACGCUCUGUUCUGCUCCAGAAUGCAUUUGUCGCGGCAUUUGAGUUUGUUGGUCACAUUUUGAAGAGAUGUCUAGAGUUAAAAGAUGUCUCUUCUAGCUAUCUUUUGCCUUCUGUUUUGGUCUUCAUUGAAUGGCUGGCAUGUCAUUCAGAUAUUGCUGGUAGCAUCGAUGCUGAGGAAAAACAGGUUGCUGCGAGAUCCUUUUUCUGGAGGGAGUGUAUUUCCUUCUUGAACAAGCUUAUAGAGAAUGGGCUGGUCUCUGUGGAUGGUGGUGAUAGUGAUGCCUGUUUUUAUGAUACAAGCGUGUAUGAUGAAAACGAGCCUGGUGGUCGUGUGGCAUUAUCUGAAGAUUUUGAACUUAGAGGAUUUCUACCUCUUCAACCUGCACAUCUCAUAUUAGAUUUCUCAAAGAAGCAUAGUGCUGGCAUUGAUAAGGCAAAAGUUGCCCGUGUUCAGAGGAUCUUUGCUGCCGGUAGAGCUCUUAUGGGAGUGGCUCAAAUUGAUCAGCAAGGUGCUUAUUUUGAUGACAAGCUGAAGAAGUUUGUUAUAGGGGCUGAAGCCCAGAUCUCUGAAGAAGUGGCUCCUACCUUCCCAGAUACAUCCAAACCUGCUGCUAAUAUGGAGUCAUUGGUGGAUGAUGUCAAGGGCUUGCAAGCUUCUAUAUCUAAUUGUCAGCUGCUUGGUGAAGUAGAGGAAGAAGACGAGGUAAUUGUUUUCAAGCCCACAGUAGCUGAAAAACGAGCUGAUAUGAAUUCCCUGAAGUCUGUUAUCGAUAAUCAUUUGUCUGCUGAGAUUCUUUUGAAGGGUGGGUUAGGAACAAAUGUUCCUGUCCAGACUUCUUUGGUGCAGCCAACAUAUAAUGUUGAUGCAAGGCCUCCCUCAGCAUCUAUGGGUUUCAUUGAAGGCCAAGUGCAACCAUCCAAUUCCACUGCAUGGCUUCUUGAACCACAGCUGUCUGCAGUUAACAGGAUGACUGACUUUAUGGUCGCUGGAAAUGGAUUUUCAGAUGAUCUGGGGGUUUCACAUCCCAUGUCGUUUGCCCCUUCCUUAUCAGGGAAUUUAGGCAACGCAGCCCUUCCAACCCAGUCUUGUAAUCAGCUUAAAGUUGUGGAAUCUAUGAUACCGUCAAAGUUAGAUACCAUCAUGCCUGCGGUGAAGAACUCCAUUAGUUUUUCCUCUCAUACACCAAGCCUUCCAACAAUAUCCAAGAAAAAUCCUGUUGGCCGACCUGUUCGACACAUGGGGCCACCACCAGGGUUUGGUCCUGUGCCACCCAAGCCGCAAGAUGAAGCCAAGAUUGAAAUAUCUGGGGGCGAUGAACAUCCUUUGUUGGAUGAUUAUACCUGGCUUGAUGGCUACGGACUGCCCUCAGCGAAUGCAAAUGAACUUAGUGGUGGACUGCCACAAACCAGUAAUGCUUUCUCUGCAGAUAGAAGUAACUGGAAUGCCAUCAACGGUUUUCCUUUCCCUGGCAAGCAGCUUCCUGGUACGCAGGUUGAGAUGGGAAACCUAAUGAAGCAGCAUCCUGUUCAACUUCUUGAGCAGCUGAAGCUCUUACAUGGACAGCAACCGCAGCAGAAUGUCCUGAUGGGCAGCAAUGUGCCUGCGCCACUUCAGGAGCAGCACAAGGGACAGUCGCUGUGGUCGGGACAGUAUCUUGUGUGAAAUUUAUUCACAAAUAAUUGAGGUUUAUGCGGUCUCCAAAUCUAUUCCAACUCUCUUGCUAGAAGAUUCUCUGUCGUGGAGGUUGGCAUGCAGCCUAGUGUUUCCGAAGCUGACCUCCAGUGUUUUGUGGCCAUUGUCAAUGUUUUAUACUCUUCUAAUGGAGCACUGUUGGUCUUGCAAGAGAACUAUGUGCGCUUGCCUUUGAAAGGAUGUGGCCGCGUCACUGGUUGAAGUUGGGAAAAGCUGAGCAAACUUGGGAGCUGAACGAGAUCUUGAACGUAACAGAAGACCUGGUAGUAUACCUAACAGGUGGUUGGCGCGUUGAACAAUCACGAGUAAUAUGAAUCGUGAAGGUGAACUAAACAAAAGGGUUGGGCUUUAGGGUUCUGGGAAUUAACUAGACCUGGAUUGUGCUGAAAGCGGUUUAGGGGUCUUCGGCAGUUGCAGCAGCUAAGGGUUCUAUGGGAAGCCGAUUUGACACCUGAUACAACAGUGGAGGUGGAUGCAGAAUGGUGGUCCUGCUGGAUUUCUGUUGGCUUCAGCUGCAAAUGUGAACUUGGUGAUGUGUUAGGAACUAUAGGUGUGUGAAGUUGGGAACUCUCUCGGUGGUUUUGAAGUUAUGUUGUUGCGUUAUGGAGUAUUAUGUCGACGCUAGUUACAGCGUUUAAAACGUUCCAAAGAUUCUGUGGCUUUAAAUAAGGGGUACCAUUUUAUUGUUUAA